AUGCGACAGGGACAAAAAGAAAUGAACCCUUCUACUAUUACAAAUACUGCCAUCACAUCUACCGCUGGUGGAAUCAACUCAGUUCUGGGUACAAAUGGAGCUCUUGGAGUCAAUCUACAGUCUCCAUGGAAUUCGGUAAACCUAAAGAAAGGCGAUUUGAUGCUUCAUGUUCACCAACAGAUACCAACUGAAGCUUAUAUUCAAUACCCCUACUUCCAGGAAUUGGUUACUCGAAUGGUUCUUCCACUCGUUGCAUUUGAAUAG